AUGUACAUCUGCACCCCCAUGUACGUGUACUUAAAAGCCAGGAAAUUGAUGGCUAAGUUACUGGCUUUGAAGUAUGAAAAAGAAGGGAUGUAUGAGAGAAAACACAUCAGGAAAAUAUUCGAACAGAGAAAGAGAGCAGACCAAAUGAGAGCUAUGGGCAUUGAAACUUUUGACAUAGCAGAUGUGCCCAGUGACACUUCCAAAAAUGACAAGAAAGGCAAGUCCAACCCAGCCAAAGCGAAUGUGACCCCGCAGAGCAGCUCUGAGCUCAGACCCACCACUACAGCCGCUCUGGGCUCUGGCCAGGAAGCCAAGAAAGGUAUUGAGCUUAUCCCGCAAGUGAGAAUAGAAGAUUUAAAGCAAAUGAAGGCUUACUUGAAGCAUUUAAAGAAACAACAGAAAGAGUUAAGCUCUUUAAAGAAGAAACAUGCAAAGGAACACAGUACCAUGCAGAAGCUACACUGCACACAGGUUGACAAAAUCGUGGCCCAGUACGACAAAGAGAAGUCAACUCAUGAGAAAAUCCUAGAGAAGGCGAUGAAGAAGAAGGGGGGAAGUAAUUGUCUUGAAAUGAAAAAAGAAACAGAAAUUAAAAUUCAGACCCUGACAUCCGAUCACAAAUCUAAGGUCAAAGAGAUUGUGGCACAGCACACAAAAGAGUGGUCGGAAAUGAUCAAUACUCAUAGUGCCGAGGAGCAAGAGAUCCGGGAUCUGCACUUGAACCAGCAAUGUGAGCUGCUGAGAAAGCUUCUCAUCAACGCUCAUGAGCAGCAGACCCAGCAGCUGAAGCUUUCCCAUGACAGGGAAAGCAAGGAGAUGCGAGCCCAUCAAGCUAAAAUUUCUAUGGAAAAUAGUAAAGCCAUCAGUCAAGAUAAAUCUAUCAAGAAUAAGGCAGAACGGGAAAGGCGAGUCAGGGAGUUGAACAGCAGCAACACUAAAAAGUUUCUAGAAGAAAGAAAGAGACUGGCGAUGAAACAGUCGAAAGAAAUGGAUCAAUUGAAAAAAGUCCAGCUCGAGCACCUAGAAUUCCUAGAGAAACAGAAUGAACAGCUUUUGAAAUCCUGUCAUGCAGUGUCCCAAACACAAGGCGAAGGAGAUGCAGCAGAUGGUGAAAUUGGAAGCCGAGAUGGACCGCAGACCAGCAACAGUAGUAUGAAGCUUCAGAGUGCAAACUGAAGCUGGAAAACCAUGGACCAUCGGGAGAUCAUGCACAGCUUCUAAACACAGACUCCACGGACAAAAGCUGUUCUCUUUUGUGUUUAUUUUAUGUAUAGACACUGUGUUACCUGAAACCACAUGGACUAGGGGCUGGGGAUGACCAAAUGUUCUAUUUAACAACUGAGUAUUAAAUUUCUUUGGCCAACCAAAAAUUGCUAUGUAUGUACAACAACAGCAACAACAAAGAAUCUCCUAUUCCUGACAGGCAGAGUUGAACCAUGAUAGACAACUUAAACAUGUUUACUCUAAGACAGCAUCACAAGUCAGUGGGCUUAGUGUUUACAGCUCUGCUUUGUGGUGCAUUAAGACAUGUUUGAGCUGCUGCAAACAAUAGUGCAUUAGUAACAGUAGUAAGCGCAUGCACUAGAAGAAGCAACUCUGUCUACAGUUCUUUAGCAGAAGUGAUGGUCUGCUAUACAAAUCAUUUUGCAGAAUUUUCUACACCUAAGUUACCUCAUCAGUAAGUGCCAUGUCUUUACCAUGCCAUAAGAUGCUAACUUCCUGUAAAUGUUGCAGAAACUGUUAGAACAAUAGACACAGAAGAGUGUUCCUGUGCCAAGCUCAUCAGUGCUCUAAGGGGGGACUCAGCAGGCUCGUUUCAGAAAGUUUACAGCUGACACUGCUUUGUAGGGAUUGCUUCUGCAGAUUCCAGAUAUUACAAUUCACUAUACACUAUAAGGAUUGUGAAGUGGUUAUUGGCAAAUGUUUGUAAAUGUGACCAUGUACAAAGUAUUUAUACUCCUUAAUUCUCACGGUUAUAGUACGAAAUCAUCUAAACAUUACCACGUGACAAGACUAGUAAACAGGAAUCAUAGACCUAACGUUUUGCAUGAUGCACAAGCGCCAGUUAUGACUAGCACAUUCAGACACAGUUAAUCUAACACCAAAUAAAUACUGGUUAAGUAAAUGUAUGGCACAGAAUAUUAUUUGACUAUCAAGACUUUUAGCAUAAUGAAAAAGUCUAUAUAUAUGUGUAUAUUAAUUAUGUGGGCAUUCUUGAUACUUCAAGUUCUAGUUUGAAAAAAAUACAUAACUAAUUUAAUUUUACACAAAAAUAUUUAUGCAGAUUUUCAGACUUUCAUAUCAGGAAAUAACCUUUUUAUGUCUGUUAAAUAUUCAAACGAUUUGCUACCGUGUUAAUCUGCAUGGUCUUUUCGCCUGUUGUAGUUGCAUUGCAGGCGGCGCAUAAAGUGGUGUGCUGGGAUCAAGUCGUGCUACCCAAACCCAGAGGAGUGCAGAGACCUGGUAGCCUUGAAUGAAUCAGAUUCCUGAUUUUCGGAUGCAAAAUGCCAACUUAAUUGUUGUAUAUGAUUGUACAAAUUGAUUCUGUGUGUUCCUCUGAAGAGGACAGAGAAAAUUAUGAUACCAUAAAGGCUGAAAUUCAACUUACAACUUCUCUAAUAAAAAAUGAAAACACAAAAAAA